GGAAAGCAGUCCCCUUUUCAGCAACAGCUCUCUACUCGGUCAGUGCUAUACAGCUUGGAAGACCAACUGCCUUAAGUCUGAUAUUCUCUGCACUCUGGCUGUUCCUUAGAAACUGGGUUGUUGCUUUUCUUUUUGUUGGACUUGUAGGACUUUUUCUUCUUGUGAUGGGUCCUUGACUUCUCUCUCUCCUGGGGGUCAUCUGGGCUAACUUCAGAUGGAGCUCACAACAGUGGUGCUGUGAUCAUCUGGACUCAACUGCCUGGUCCUUUUACUUGUUACUAGGAAAGUAUCUGUCACCUGUCUUCUACUAUCUGGAAAAUCAAGUCUCCCUAGCUCCUGUGUCUCUACCCUGAGGGCUUUCCCAUACCCUUAGCUGUGAGUGGUGGAGUGUGUGUUGUCGGGGGUGGGGGUGUUUUGUUUGUUUAAGAACCUCUAAGGCCCCUGUUCUUACAUUCUGGGAGUAUUUUUUAGCCAGGAAACUUGGUCUUUUUUCUCUGUCACUUUACAUGUGGAGGAAGGUGGAUGUACUAGACCAGGAUUUGCACCACACAAGUGGGCUGUUCUCCUCUUUGUGGGCUCCAAAGAGGAAAGCAAUGCGCUGGUGUCUUAUCCGGGCCUUCUCUGGAGUUACCCUUCUUCUUGUGAGCAUGGUGCUGCUCUCCACAAGGCAUUAUGAUAUCCAGGAGGAGACCUUUGCCUUCCAAAAGCAUGCAAGAGGAACACCCAGUAGAUGGUCAGAACAAGAGAUGAGCCUGGUGGAUGUGAGGGACUAUAGUAGUCACAUGAAGCCAGAAAAUAAAACAUCCAUGGCUCAUGUAGCUCAUUCUAUUGUUGGAAAAGGUCUGUUGCUUGAAGAUCUUUUCAUUGCUGUAAAGACAACCCAGAAGUUCCACCAAUCCAGGAUAGGAUUGCUGUUGGACACCUGGAUAUCUCGGCUCAAACAACAGGUGACUGCUCCAUUUGACCUAAUGACACAUGUCUUCACAGAUAAAGAAGACGAUGAGCUGCAGGAAAAACUGGGAGAUCAUGUGAUAUUCACAAACUGCUCUGCAGAGCACAGCCAUCCAGCACUUUCUUGCAAAAUGGCAGCAGAGUUUGAUGCAUUUUUAGCUAGUGGCUUGAGUUGGUUUUGUCACCUUGAUGAUGAUAACUACUUGAAUCCACAAGCUCUGCUGAAGCUCUUGUCUUCAUAUUCUCCAGACAAAGAUGUUUAUAUUGGGAAACCAAGCUUGAAUAGGCCAAUUCGCACCUCAGAAACCUUGCCUAACAAUCAGACAAAGUCAGUGUAUUUUUGGUUUGCCACUGGAGGUGCCGGAUUCUGUAUCAGCAGGAAGCUGGCCAUCAAGAUGGCUCCCUGGGCAAGUGGCAGCAACUUCCUGAUCACAUCAGAGCUCAUCCAUCUUCCAGAUGACUGCACGGUGGGUUACAUCAUUGAGUGCAAAUUAGCAGGUCAUCUGGUUCCCAGUACGCUGUUUCAUUCUCACCUGGAGAACCUGCAGCUCAUUCAGAAUCCUGAGUUAACCAAGCAGGUCACUCUCAGCUAUGGCAUUUUUGAGAAGAAACUCAAUACUAUCAAACUGGCUGGUCCUUUUUCCCAACAAGAAGAUCCUUCCAGGUUCCGGUCGCUUCAUUGCCUUCUUUAUCCAGAUACAUCCUGGUGCCCACAAUCAGUCACUCAAUGACAACUUCUUGGAAAUCCUCACUAUGAGUGAAGAAGUCUCUUAUAUCAGAUAAAGCCCACACCUCUCUCAAGUCCCUGUUCAGCAGAGAACAUGAGAGCUACACACUGACUUAAUCAUGUCUGUGCUUAUUGACAAUAGACAAGGAGAUGAAGUAACAGACUAGAGGGCCUGUUGGUGUUUGCGAAAAGAGGAUAGGCAAAAAGUUGUUCUUCAGACUAUGACUGUGGCAGUUAAAUGUGACUGUCCUCUGAUCAGUUCACAUUGCCUCUCCAAUGAAAACACAUCUCUCCAGUAGCUACUGGUGCAAUUUCAUGGGUAACUCAGGGCCUAUAGCUUGCUCAUUCUAUCCUUUUUAAUUCUAUUUAAUUAAAUAAUUAAAGAAGCUAUGGAUAAAUA